AUGGUUCUCGAAGCGGUGAUGAUUGUCGUUGACAACAGCGAAAGCAGUCGCAAUGGAGAUUACCAACCUACGAGAUUCGAGGCGCAGGCCGACGCAGCGAACAUCAUCUUCCAGAGCAUUGUCCAGGGCAAUCCCGAAUCCUCUGUCGGACUCAUGAGCAUGGGCGGCAAGGGACCGGAGGUCCUCGCCACUUUUACAACCGAUCCCGGCAAGAUCCUCGAUGGCUUGCACCGAACGAAGAGGCAGAUUAAGGGCAAGUCGAACCUUGCUGUGGGAAUACAAAUAGCAGGACUUGCCCUUAAGCACCGCCAGAACAACUCCCAACGACAACGCAUAAUAGUAUUCAUCUGCUCUCCCGUCGACGACGACGAAAAGAGGCUCGUCACGCUGGCCAAGAAGAUGAAGAAGCUGAACGUCACGAUCGAUUUCAUCCAUUUCGGUGACCUCGAUGACGAGGCUACGCAAAAGAAACUCGAAGCUUUCAACAAAGCCGUCAAGUCUGCCGACGGCUCCCACUUCGUGACGAUCCCCCCGAGCAGUAAGCUCCUCAGCGACCAGCUCAUCGCGACGCCCAUAAUCUCGGGCGAUAACCCACCCCCGGCUGCGACGGGAGGCAUGGGCGGCGAGGGCGCGGAUGGCUUCGAUUUUGAUCCCAACAUGGAGCCCGAGCUGGCUUUGGCUAUCCGUAUGAGUCUUGAGGAGGAGAGGGCUCGUCAGGAGAAGGCUGCCAAGGAGGAGGAGGAGAGGGCCAAGAAGGAGUCGCUGGCUGCGGUUCCGGAGGAGGGAGAGGCGUCUGGUUCUGGUUCGGGUGAUAAGAAGGGCGACGAUAAGAAAGACAACAGUGGUGAUAAGAUGGAUACUUCGUAA